AUCGACAUUGAUGGAGCAAAUUAUCUUCUACAACGAGUCACGACCUAGCAAUAGAAAUGAGUAAGCCUUCUCUUAGACUGCAGCUUACAAAGCUUGUUUUUUACCAUAUUCUACUUUGGCAACUUGGACGCUGGCCUCAAUCCAAAUUCCACUGUAGAGCCGCCGUGCCUCGACUGCCGGUUGAUGAAGUGUCUGCUCUCCGAGCCAUUAUGAGAGACUUAGAGUUCAAGCAACAACCAGUCAUUACAAACACAAUGUGCGUCGAUGGAAUCUCAGCUUAUGGUUUUACAUUCAAUUGUGAUUGCAAUAAUGCAACUAAUCUAUGCCGCAUCUCUGAAAUUGAAAUAAGCAAUUUAGAUUUAACUGGAACUAUUCAUGAAGGUGUGGGUUAUCUUAGUAAUCUACGGAGACUCAUUCUAUCCAGCAACAAACUUCAUGGCAGCAUACCUGAUACAUUGGGGAAUUUGAAGUAUCUCGGAACCUUGGAUCUAUCGCAAAAUCAACUCAGUGGUCCAAUACCAGCAAGCUUAGGGGACUUGGUUUCUCUUCGAUAUUUAUAUCUGCAAUACAACUUGCUUAGCGGAGGUAUACCGCGAAAUUUUGGUUCACUGACGAAGCUUACUGAAUUAUAUCUGCAGUUUAAUAUGCUAUCAGGCACAAUUCCUGAGGGUUUUGGAGAUCUUUCGCUUCUUACAACUAUGGAUCUGUCUGAGAAUCAGCUCUCUGGUCCUCUUCCAGAAAGCCUCGGAAAGUUGAAAUCACUCACAACCUUCCUUGUGUCGGCCAAUUAUUUGAGUGAGAAAUUUCCAAAUACUUCUUAUGGCAACCUCACAAGCCUGAAAAAGUUUUCAAUAGCUGGGAAUUACAUUUCUGGUCCCUUACCAGUUGAAACCAUAGCCAAGUGGACUAAUAUCUAUUCCCUACAAUUUUUUUACACGGCGUGCAGGGUGCUCAUGGGAAACAAUUUCGAAGGACGGGUGACUGAAGAAAUAUUCAGUUUGCAAAACCUUCAGUAUCUGUUGAUAAGCGACCUGGCAACGAAUCACAGUUUCCCAUUACCACAAAAGAUCGCCAACAGUACUAAUUUAUUUUCUCUAACACUGAGGAACUGCUCAAUCACCGGCCCAAUCCCCAAAUACAUUGGUGAAGAAAUGACAUCUCUAAGAUACCUAGACUUGAGCUUCAAUUAUUUAACCGGUGGCCUCCCUAAAUAUAUGAAAUCAGAUAUGAUUUACAUGUCUUUUUCUGGAAAUAUGCUUAACGGGCCAAUCCCACGUUGGAUAUUUCGGGCCUCCCAAACUAGGAUGGAUCUUUCGUUCAACAAUUUUUCAGCAAUAGACUCUGCAGUUCCAAGCAACCUACAACUGAACUUGUUUGCCUGCUGCCCCAACUCCUCAACCUCUUUACCAGAUAUGAUGGAUACAUUUGGAAUGAAAAACACAUACUGUCCUCGAAACAAACCAAAGUACCAUUCCUUGUUUAUUAAUUGCGGUGGUGAAGAGACAACUGUUCUUGGGAAUGUAUAUGAUCAAGAUAAUGACACAUCCCUCUCUUACACAAGCCCAAAGAAAAACUGGGCUUACAGCCUUUCCGGAGACAUUGGUGUACCAAAAAGUAAUACUAGUGAUUUCAUCAAGAGCACAACACGUGGAGUUUCCAUUACUGAAGCACCGUUGUAUGAAAAAGCUCGUCUGUCCCCGGUAUCCCUCAAGUAUUAUGCUUUUUGUCUACGUAAAGGCACAUAUAAUGUGACGCUUCAUUUCCAUGAAAUUAUAUACACCGAUGUUGCAGACUAUACUAGUCUAAGGAAACGCGCAUUUGAUGUAUAUAUUCAGGGUAACAGGACACUAAAUUAUUUCGACAUUAGAGAUAAGGAGGGAAUUGGAGAAAAACCAAUAAGUGUAAGUCAUUCAACUGAGGUUGUACAUGAUAGUGAUCUGUUAGAGAUCCACUUGUACUGGCCUGGAAAGGGAUCUAUUGCUUACCAGCCUAAUUUUAAUGGACCUCUAAUAUCAGCUAUUUCUGUGAAUCCUGAGUUCGAUAUUAGUCCCGAUAAAUAUAAACGUCUACGCAUUGCAUUGAUUACGAUUGCAUCCUUCAUUGCUGCUCUGCUGCUCUUAUUGGCUUUCGCUUGGAGGAUGGGCUGGCUGUCAUUCAAAGAGGAGCCCAAAAUCAAAAUAGGUCAAGAAAAAAAAGAUGACGAGCUUAAAGACAAACUUGUUACAGUCAAAGAAUUAAUAAAUGCUACUGAAAAUUUUAGCGACAAUAAAAAAAUUGGGCGUAUUGGGACAGUUUAUAAGGCAGAACUGCAAGGUCACACUGUGGCCGUGAAGAAACUAGAUCCCGCUCAAUUUAACGAAAAUAUCAAAGGCCUGAACAAGGAAAUUGGCACCAUAAGGUCAUUACAACACAACAAUAUCCUUGAACUGUUGGAUGUUUAUAUUGAUAAAGACCUCCAACUUCUUGUUUACGAGUAUAUGGAAUCCCUUGCCGACAUCUUAUUUGACUCGAGUAGUUCUAGCACAGUCAAGCUUGAUUGGAAUACAAGGGUUAAAAUUUGCUUGGGAAUAGCAAAGGGUUUGGAUCAUCUACAUGAGCAUCCGAGAGUAAAGAUCCUUCAUACGAACAUCAAAUCCGCUAAUAUUCUUCUUAAUGAAAAUUUUGAGGCUAAGUUAUCAGACUUUGGAUUUGCAAGUUUUUAUACCAACGAAGAGAAAGUUAAGGUCAUCACAAGAGAAGUUUCGCAAGGCUACAUGGCGCCAGAGUAUUUCCAAACAAAUGUUUUAACGAGCAAAGCGGAUGUUUACAGCUUUGGGGUGGUCAUACUUGAAAUUGUUAGUGGGAAGAGAAACAUAUUGAGCAAACCAAGCGAGGAAACUCAGGUUCUUUUAGAUAGGGCUUAUCAAGCACUUGCCGGACGAAAUUUGAUGAGCUUGGUUGAUAAAAGUUUGUCUAAAUAUGAUGAAAAAGAAGCCCUGGUCAUUAUGAAAUUAGCAGUGUAUUGCACCACUCUAGGUCCUAGUGUCAGACCUACAAUGUCUGAAGUUGUGAGUGUUCUUGUUCGCGAAAAAACCCUUGACGAGGUUUUUCCACCCGCCAAGCUCACUGGCGAUGGCAAUGUUGCUGGUUCCACCUCUUCGGAGAAGACUUCAGCAGCAUCAACUUCGUCUAAUGAUCACGGGAAAGUACUUCUAGAUUGAACAAGUUUCAUAUGAUUAGCAUUAGGCGUUCUUGAAUUGCUACCGUUACUGGUGUGGUUUAAUCUUUUUUGUGGUUUCUUCGCAUCCUUAUGAACUUUUGAACCCUUUCUUCCGGCAAAAUGUUAUAUCACAACAUUGAGGUUCUGGUUUUGAUUUGAAA